CACAAAGAUAAUAUCAAGAGAACUUUACUGUGGAUCACGUUCAACUGAUAAGACUUAACGUACUCCAAAAAUACAUAGACGAACAUCGAAACCUAUCGAGAGAACAUGAUGAACUUCCUAUUACUCAGUGUCCUUAUUCUUCCACUUGUUGAUUGUGUCGAUCCUUUACCGUCCAUAUCCGUAGUGUCUGGAUGCAGUAAGGAUGGUAAAUUGUACAAAGAAGGCGAAUCUUUCCAGCCCACACCGUGCGAGCAUUGCUUCUGUAAUGGAGGCAAAGUAUUAUGUGCGAUUACAGACUGUUUCAUGCCAAUGUGCGUGGACGCUGUUCGUGAUCCCACAAAAUGUUGCUCUGUUUGUCCACAUGGUAGAAAUUGCUACGCAGGAAACACAAUAAUCCAGGCAGGAAAAUCUGUAGAAAUAAAUGAUCAUACUACAUGCAGCUGUCCGACCAGAUUUGGAUUUGGAAUGACAGCACUGAGAGCUGUGUGUGCAACUAGGGUCGAUAGUGUAACUGUUAAAGUUAGAAGUUUAACUGUGGAUCAAAUCCAACUGAUAAGAUUAUACGUACUCCACAAUUACAUAACAUCGGAACCUAUCGAGAACAUGCUGAACUUCCUGUCGUUCAGUGUCCUUAUUCUUCCACUUGUUUAUGCUGUUGAUCCUUUACCGUCCAUUAGUGUAGUGUCUGGAUGCAGUAAGGAUGGUAAACUUUACAAAGAAGGCGCAUCUUUCCAGCCAACACCGUGUGAGCAUUGCUUUUGUAAUGGAGGCAAAGUAAUAUGCGCGAUUGCAGACUGUUUCAUGCCAAUGUGCGUGGACGCUGUACAUGAUCCCACAAAAUGUUGCUCUGUUUGUCCAAAUGGUAGAAAUUGCUACGCAGGAAACACAGUUAUCCAGGGAGAUAAGCCUGUGGAAAUAAAUGAUCAUACUACAUGUCACUGUCCGACCAGAUUUGGAUUUGGAAUGACCGCUUUGAGAGCUGUGUGUGUAAUCAAGGUCAACAGUGUGACUACUAAAGUUGUAAAAGUUGUAAACUGAUUAAAAUAACUGAGCUUUAUCAA